ACAAAACCCCCUCCGUUUGCUCAUGGAAAAAACACACAGCCCUCAAGAUUUCUCGGAAGCCUUUUGAGGCUCUCAAGUAUUAGCUUUUACUAACAGAGCGUGGAGCCACACUCGGCCUAAAGGCAGCCAGUAAAGCCGAGUUGCUCGAAAAAGCACACUCAAGUGUCGGUGUUUUUGUGUUUUAUGAAGGUAAACCUAUUUUGUAGCCCGUUAGCAAAGCGACUUCCUCUUGUGUCUAUGAAGAGCAGAUGCUUCGUUAGCUGCCUAAAGCUGGAUUAUAACGCUACUUAAAACGCGUUUACAAGCGUGACUGUAAGAAUCCGAGCUGCUUUGAACAUGAGAUCAGUUGACAGUUUGAGUGAUUAUUCAUAUAUCUUGCCAAACUCUGUUCUUGGUUCUUAUUUCAGUUUGACAGCUUGGAAGCUGGUUAUGGUAAUUGAUACCGACUGGUGAGAAGCAUGGAGCUGUACUGGUACAUAGUCGUCAUAAUAUUUAUUAUGAUUAAGAUCUUCUUCUACAUCUGCUGGUACCGCUCGAGGCAAAGACAACUGGCUGCAUACCUCAGCAAUCCCCGAAACGCUCAGAUCGUCAUCGUUGGAGGACGAGCGUACCUGCACCAGAUAUGUGAGAGACAAAAUACAUCAAUCUGGCCCAGUUGGUACGGAGUUCAGGACGACGGCUCGGUGGGUGAACCCUCCGCCUCUCUUCCACCAUCAUCCUCGCUUUCUCAUCUGGACAUGCCUCCUCCAUAUGAGGCCGUGUCUGGAGCGAAUGACCUGAAGCCUCCGCCGUACAGCGAGUACGCUCAAAACGACGACACCGACACAUCCCUGAGCAUCGCCAUCCCGGACGCCAACGAUUCCAGCGGCAUUAGCGACGCCCGGCCCCCCUACACGCCCAGCAUCACCUCACCGGCCAAUCAGCAAGUAGCUAGCCACAGUCAAUCACAGCCAGAGGGAAGUUCAAGUUAAACUUCUCUUAUCACAGAAACGCAACAAGGGCUAAGCAACAGCGUUAGCCCCAUCUAGGUCUUGUUUUUUUUUCAUCUGGACUUAUUUUCUUCUCAAGCAAAUUAUACAAAGAAAAAAGAUUUCACAUUGGCUGUGGAUCUUGCUCAUUCUCUUAACAUGAGAGUAUUUGGAUGGUGCACAAUAUGCAGUAUAAAGAAUGAGACUGGCCUGAUGCCAUCUCCUGGCAGAAUGGAGCACUGCUCAGCCCACGCUGGUGUACCGGUGCUUUCAGUUCACCCAUGCCUUAUGCUCAUUUCCUCCAGCAACACCACAGCUCAUAGCCAUACGACAGACGCAGCUAUUUUCAUAUUUUAAACGGUCACUUUCGCCGUCGUUUCUUUGCAGUAGUGUUGAAGACUAAUGCCAUGAACGCGUGUUGCUGCUUGAGGAACUGUAAAUAUAGGCUAGGGGGUGCAGAGCGGCAAGCUCGUUUCGCUUAGACAAUGUUGUCGACACAUUUCUUACUUGCUUAUUUUUCUCUCUAAAGUCCCAAAGGGAGACGUUAAAGGGACGGUUCACGUUAAAAAAACGAAAUGGUUAAAAAUUUCAAACGAUUCAAAAUGCGCUCAUCCUCAGACACAUCCGGCAUUGCAGGUGAGUUUGUUUCUUUAGAGCGGGACAAAUUUGCAGUAAUCUACUCCAACGGAUCCUUUUAAAUGAGCGGGUGCCAUCAGAAUGAGAGACCAGACAGCUGAUAAAAACACAAUCAGUCCAUCAGGUCUCAUAAAGUGAAAAGCUGCAUGUUUGAAAUCCAUCAAGAGCUUGUUUUUAGCUCAACGAGACAAUGUCCUUUAUACAUAGUAUUGUUUCAAAGGUUGUCUUGUUUGAAUCAGGAGAGAAAUAUGCGCUGAUCAAGCAGCAUUUAAACGCAAAAGCAGUUUUACAUCGAUAUUGUAUUUUUAUUUUUUUAUCUGUUAAGCAUUUUAAUUUUGACGGCACCCAUUCGCUGCAGAGCAGUGUAAUGCAAAACUUCCCAAAAUCCAAUUCCGAUUUAGAGAAACAAACUCAGCGUCUUGGUGGUCCUGAGGGUGAAUGAAUUCUCUAACUGUACUUUCAUCAUUUACUCUCACUCGUAUAAUUUCAAACCUGUAAGACGUUUUCUUCCAUGGAAGUCGGCGGCAAUCUUUGGUUCUUCAGAAUAUCUUUUCAUGUUACAGAGCAGAAAGUCAGUCGUACGGAGUGGUGUUUUGGAUUGACAUGACGGUGUGUAAAUGACACAAUUUAAGAUUCUCGAACUGUCUCUUUAAAGUAUAGAGGUCUAGCCUCAGGUUUAUUUAUAAACUCAGUUUAUAUGUGAUGACAAUUUAAAGAAAGAAAAAAAAAAACAUUUGCCCUGAAGCACUUUUAAUGUGUUGUAAUUGCCUUAAUUCCGUCUGUUGGUAAGUGUCCAAUAUUCCCGAAUCAACCAGAGCCGGUGUGGAUAGUUUGGCUAAUGGUUAUGACUUGUGUAAAUGUGCGCAGUCCUACUCUGUGUUGUAUCGCUUAUCAGGUGAACUGUAAUACACUGAUGCAUUUGAGAUCACAGUGCCCUUAUUAACAAUUUCUGCUAACCGAAAUAGACUUUGUGUGUGUGUGUGUGUGUGUGUGUGUGUGUGUGUGUGUGUGUGUGUGUGUGUGUGUGUGUGUGUGUGUGUGUGUGUGUGUGUGUGUGUGCGCGUGCGCGUGCGUGCAUGUAUGUGUGAGUGAGUGAAUGAGAGUGUGUGUUAAGGCAUAUGUUAAGUGUGUGAUAGAUUCGAACAGAACUUCCUCGUGAAAAUGUUUGUGUGCUUCGGUGAGCGCAUGAAGUCAUCUCUGUGCAACUGUCGAUAUAUCAGGUUCACAUAAUGGGAUCAAUUUUUUUGUAUUAAAAAAAAAAAAAAGUCUAUAUGAAAGGAUGUGAUCCGAGUGUGCUUUUAGAAUAUGUGCGUGUAGUUUGGUUUCCUCCUCCCCGAUCACCUGGUCCUUCACUAUAUCAUUUCAUUUAAUCAUCAUUUGAUUUAAAUUGCUAAUCCUGCAACAUGUAUUCUCAUUUAAACUGAAGUACUGUAUAUGCUAUUUUUGUAUUUAUGGAAAAACCCUUUGAAUCUCUUUCAAAAUAAACAUUGGUGAAAUGUG